AUGACCAAUAACGAAAAUUCAAUUGAUAUUGCAAAGAAUAUAAGGGAUAUAGCCAAACAUAAAUACUCUAACUAUAAAGAUUUUAAUGCAACAAGUUCUAAAAAUGAACCAUCCUCCAAUGGAACAACUCCUAACAAUGAAACAUCCUCCAAUGUAACAACUUCUAGCCAUGGAACAUCAUCCGAUAUAGCAACAACAUCCAACGAGAUAAAUUCAGACAAAAAGAAAGGCCAAUGCACCUUAUUUAUAAAAGAUAUCCUGAUAGAUGUUACCUAUUAUGGAGCAAUCACUAUUGGAAAACAAGAAUUCAAUGUUCUUUUAGAUACCGGGUCAUCAAACCUCUGGAUUCCAAAUAAGAAUUGUACAUCCGCUAUUUGUCAAAAUCAUAAUAGAUUUGAUUCAAGUAAAUCACAAACUUUUACACCAGAAGGUAAUCCUUGGUCUAUUGAAUAUGUCGUUGGCUUUACCUCUGGUAUUACCGGAAUAGAUAAUAUUAAAAUUGGAUGUUUUACUGCUGAUAAACAAAUUUUUGGGCUUGCAACUAAUGUAUCCAAUGAUGACAUAGUCUUGGAAUAUGAUGGAAUUUUAGGACUAGCUUUUGACAAUUUGAAUACUAUGAAUAAUGGAGCACCAACUUUAAUCAGUACUUUAAUUAAACAAAAGAAAAUGAAUCCAAUUUUUAGUUUCCAUUUUCAACAUACAUUAGAUUUCGAUGAUAGAGGAAUUUUUAUUUUGGGUGGUAUUGAUAAAAGUAAAUGUAACGGAGAAAUUACAUUUAAUCCUUUAAUUACUACAAAUGGAUUCUGGGCAAUAAAGCAAGAUAAUGCACUCGUUAAUGGCAAUCCAGUGUUUUCUUCACCGAAUAUUAUUGCAAUAAUUGACACAGGCACUUCAAUUAUUUUAGCACCUUCAAAUGACACAGCAGCAAUUCAUAAAAAAAUUCCAGGAGCCGUAUUUGAUAGUCAAAAUAAUCUCUACAUUAUCCCAUGCAAUACCACAGCAAUACUUUCCCUUAGAUUUGGAGGUGUUGAUUAUGCAAUUCCGUCAAAAGAUUUAUUUUUCUUACCAAUAACUGGCACUGAUUGCAUAUCGGCUAUUAUGCCUAUGGAUUUUUCUCCUACUGUUGAUGUCUGGGUUGUCGGUCAAACAUUCCUUAAGAAUGUAUAUUCUGUAUUUGAUGUGGAAAACAAACAAGUUGGAUUUGCACGUAGUAAAUAA